UUCUCCCAUGCCUCCAGUGUUAUUAAUAAACACAAAGUGUGCCUCUGUUUUCCUGUAGACAGACACACUCCAGAGCUCUCCUUAACGCUAGAGGAAAACUGUGUUCAUAGCUGUGUGAACAUCUGUCCCGACUGUCAACUCAAACAAAACUUGUCAUGGACAAACAAAGAUCAGCAGAGGAUGGAAAAGACACGACAUCUACUGAGGACUCACACAUCAUUCAAAGCAGCCGUACUGACUCUGAAACAGAGACCGUCUUUCCGGUACACGAGUGCACACAACACCCUGCAGUACAGGUGGACCAGGUGGACAUGGAUGGUCUGGGGCAAUUCUUCGAGCACUGCAUCCAGCAAGUGUCUCUACUGGAGAAGCAGAGAGAGGAGCUGAUCCAAGAGCUCCUUCUCCUGCAGGAACCCAUGCAGCGAGUUGUGGAGCACCUGAGAGGGAAGCUGGUGGGAACACGGAAACUGCUCACUCUGGCUCAGCUGGAUUAUAUCGCUGUUUAUGAAGAAGUGCAGCAGGUGAAGAGGAAACUGUUUGCAGCAACCAGAGACUGCAUCCAGAGCCAGGUGACGCUGGCUGCACGGGAAUAUGAGGUGGCUCAGUCUGCUGUUACAAAGGAGGAGCUCAAGGCCCAUAUCCAAAGUCUGACCCAGGAGUUGUCCCAGCUGCAGGAGGCCCACCAGAAUCAGCUCAAUACCCUCAGGGACCGGGCCACUAAACUCUGCAGGCCCAGGGCCAUGAGCGACGUCAGCCAGUGCCGCCAGGCUUCCAUCAGGCUGCAGCGGCGGCUCAGCGGCAGCGUGAGGGCACUGGAGGGCUGGUACGAGCCUCGCCUCAUGGCCCUGCUGCGAAGAAGGCAGGCUGGUGAGGAGGCCUUGAGGAGGAGCAGGGAACAAGCAAUGGACCUGAGGGCCAGUUUGCAGCCUCUCAAAGAGGACAUCCAGAGACUGGAGGUCCAAAGAUCCUGUCUGCAGCAGAGGAUCACUCUGAUGGAGAAUGAGAGGCAGGAGAGCAUCGCACAACACAAGGAGACUGUAGAGAAACUAAAAGAGACUCUGAGAGAACUAGAAGUGGAGUUUGAAGUUCAAAGAAAAUCUAAGACAGCUUUAGAAGAUCUUACAGAUGGCCUUUCAACAGAGCUGACAUUUCUGAGAGGCUGUGAUGAACCAAGACAAUCUAUUGCAGAGGAAGAGCCUUAAUGUUCCACUGAUUGUUAUUAACUAGACAAGUUCCAUCUGACCAAACUACAGCACUGUAUUUACACUUAAUGUCAAAGAAAAACCUAUUAUAAUAUGCAAAAUAAUGAGGAUGCGGGUGUAUGCUACUACAGCCCUAUUAUUCAUAUUUUACUGCAUAUUACGCCACCUGCCAAGAAGCAACAACAGCUUUACUGUAAAUAUUUUAUUAUGAAUAUACUUAAGUACACAAGAGAUCAAAUGCAGCACAGAAAAACAAAAAAUGCAGAGAAAACAAAAUCACAUACAAGGGACACAACACACAAUCUGGAAAAGUCAUACUACGAAUAUCAAGCAAAUAAAAAGAAAGACCUACAGUAUGUACAAUUAUAUUAAAAAUGGAUCUCAGUAGAAAUGCUUUCUGCAAGACUAAUCAGGAUGAAAAAAAAACCUGAAUGAUGAUGCGCACGCCUCUGAUGGUUUCAUCAUGAGCCAGAUUGAGUUUGAAAAACUGACAGAUCUAAAAAUCAUACAGACCGUAUUUUAAAUA